AGCAUCUCCACCAUGGACUGCGACAUCUGCCUCGAGGAGCUCAACCAGGUGGAGCGCGUGCCCAAGAUAGUGCCGUGCGGGCACACCGUGUGUCUGCAGUGCCUCGAGCAGAGCGACAGGAAGGAGUGCCCGACCUGCCGCAAGGCCUUCGACGUCCCCCCGGACGCACUGCUCAACAACUUCUACCUCCUACGGCAGAUGGAGCGCCCAGGCAGGCCCUCCCGCGGCUGGUGCUCGGACUGCCGCGCCGUCGCCGCGCCCCGCUGCUGGGAUGAGGCCCACGACGUCCUGCCCGAGAAGAGGGCUCUGGAGCAACACCUGCAGGGCGCGCUGGAGCAGGCGGCUGUGCAGCUGGAAGAACUGAAACGCCAAUAUGAGAGAGAGCAGGUCGUUCAGGCCCUCACACUGCUGACUACCGAGUCCUGGAAUUUAACUCUGCAGGGCAGGGACAGAGACCACGAACUGACGGGCACCGUUACGAACACGGGUGACCCCCUCACCCGGGUCAUGUGGCUGCUCGUGGCUGCGAAGGCCGCUCUCACAGAGAGUCGUGUUGAGGCGCGGGGUCCCCCGCCUGCGGCCGCGAGCCCGCCGCCUGCAGCCCCAGGCCCAGCUCCUCCACAGGCGUGGCCGGUGGGGAAGAUGGAUGUGCAUGAUGUCAGCCUCACCGGACCCGAUGACCGGCAGCAGGACAAGGCGGCCCUCCUCGCAGCAGCGCCGGGGGUGCCAGGGGUGACCCGGCUGGUCGGUGUGCGGUGCGACGCGGACCCCGCCUGGAGCCUCCAGCUGCUGCAGCGCGCCGCGCCCACGGUGGAGCGGCUGCAGGUGCUCUACCCCCGCGAGGCCCACCUGCGCGCGGUGCUGGACAUGCCGCGGCUGAGGAGGCUGGACGUGGUGGGUGAUGCCGCCCUGUACGCCCAGCCCCCCGAGCUGCCCGCGCUGCCGCCGGGACACGCCGGCCUGCAGUGGCUGAGCGUGUCGGGCCUCCCAAGCGCCACGACACAGUCCCUGCUGCGGGCGCACCGCCGCACGCUGAACUGCUUGGACCUGGACCUGUCGGUAGGCAAGGCAGGGAGUGAAAGAUGCGGUGACCUGCACUCGCUCCUGCAGCAGUGUGGGGUGCGGACGCUCAGAAGACUAGUGCUGCGGAGGGACUUCAACGGGUUGCGCCACGAUACAGCCGCCUGCAACCAGCAACGCGCCGAGGUGCGGCAGGUGCUGUUCGGGACCGAGGUCCUGUGCGGCAAGUGUCACCGUGUGUGGUGCGAGGCGGCGUAGGGACGCAGCGCGGCGCGGCCUAUGGCGCCCGUUUCUUAUCCUGGGUGAUGGCGCGGGUGACUAUAACGGAGGCGUUCGCAUUCGCCCCGAGCACUGCGCCUCCAAACAGGCACGGGGGAUGAUUAAAGUUGUGUUGAUCCACUC